GGGCAAGCCAGGGCAGCGGGAAGAGGGUAACAGCAGCUGAGGUCUCACUUGGGCCAGAAGAAGCAACCAGAGUGCCGAUGCUGAGUCAGAGAGGCGGCGGACUCCCCCUUCCCAUGAGCACCCUGCAGGAACCAUGGAGGAGCUAGAGCACACCUGCCCCCAGCCGCGCACAACGCUGACGGAACCUGCCAUUUUCGCCAAGGAGACGAGCUGCGAGUGCCGUGCUCCUCACGAGAAGCUGAGUAUCGCGCAGGCCCGCCUCGGCACGCCAGCUGACCGGCCAGUGCGAGUGUAUGCAGACGGGAUCUUUGACCUCUUCCACUCCGGCCACGCUCGUGCGUUGAUGCAGGCCAAGAACCUGUUCCCCAACGGAUACCUGAUAGUGGGAGUGUGCAGUGACGAGCUCACACACAAGUACAAGGGCUUCACUGUGAUGACGGAGGAGGAGCGCUACGAGGCGCUGAGGCACUGCCGGUACGUGGACGAGGUGGUGCGAGACGCACCCUGGACCAUCACUGCAGACUUCUUGGAGAAACACAAGAUUGACUUUGUGGCCCACGACGACAUCCCGUACUCCUCCGCAGGCUCCGAGGACGUUUACGAGCACAUCAAAGAGGCAGGUAUGUUUGUACCCACCCAGCGGACGGAAGGCAUCUCCACUUCUGACAUCAUUACCCGCAUUGUGCGCGACUACGACGUCUAUGCCAGGCGCAACCUGCAGAGGGGCUACACAGCCAAAGAGCUCAACGUCAGCUACAUUAACGAGAAGAAGUACCGGCUGCAGAAUCAGGUGGACAGGAUGAAGGAGAAGGUGAAGACGGUAGAGGAGAGGUCCAAGCACUUUGUGUACAGAGUGGAGGAGAAGAGCCACGACCUCAUCCAGAAGUGGGAGGAGAAGUCGCGGGAGUUCAUUGGGAACUUCCUGGAACUGUUCGGCCCCGACGGAGCCUGGAAGCAGAUGUUCCAGGAGAGAAGCGGGCGCAUGAUUCAGGCCCUGUCACCCCAGCAGUCGCCCAGCGGCAGUCCCACGGCGGGACGAUCUCCAUCCCGCUCGCCUUCACCCCCAUCCCACUGGCCACCUUCGUCCCCUAAGGGAGCCUCAGCCUCCAUCAGCAGCAUGAGCGAGGGAGAUGACGACGACAAACUUAUGGACCCGACCACGCUACACUCGUCAUCCUCCUGCAAUGCGCACAAAUACCCAGAGCACCGGCGCUGACUGGAUUCCGCAGACUGACCAAGGUGCUGGCGUGCGGGACGGAGGGGAACCGGGAUGCGAUGGGCCUUCGCGUCCCGUCGGCCGUCGAGCGAACCACGGCGACUGGGCGACCGGCGCACUGAGUUGAGAUGAGAGAGAAGCCUCAAGGAGUCCAGCUCAGCCCCAUUAUCGUUUUGCACAGUUUGCCCGGUAUGAUCCUAUGUGUAAGGGCCAAAAAGGGGAUUUUUUUCGAAAGACAGAGAAGACCUGAGGUUUGCUUGUUUCCCGUUUACCUCGUAGUCGCUUAUUCGUCAGCGUGUAAACUUCAGUAUGUCGUCGCUAAAUAACGUUUGCUUGGCACUCUUGAAGCACUCGCUGUGCUUUUUACUUCGUGUACAGGAUGAACAGGAUGAGUAGCGGUACGAAAGCAGCCUGAGAUGCAGUGUGGUGAGUGGGGAAAGGCCUCGCUGUGGCCGCUCAGAAUGGAAGCGCUCGUGUUUGAGGUGGAGAAGUGGAGGGCUCAUCUCCGUACCUCGUUCACAUUCCAUUGUUGCUCGUUUUCAAGCGCGUUCUGCCCAAAUGUUAGGUAAGGAAGUUGUACAAGUAUGAAAGAAGAGGCUGUGGGCAGUUCACGUGUCACAUUGCCACGAGUCCAGUACCUGGGGACUCCUGACCGUGGGAAAACAUCUGGAACUCCACACCUGAAAUGAAUUUGAGUGACAUGAGGAGUGGCGGACGGGGGGCGCGGUGGGUCGGACCGGGUCCUGCUCUCCGGUGGGUCUAG